GUUUACUGUUUAUAAUUGACAAAAAAGCGAAUAAUAAUAGUUUGCAUUUAAUUUUCGUGUACUAAUUAAACAAAAUGAUGUCCGACGAGUCCGAGAAUGAUGGAGUUUACGUCGAUAAACAAGAAAAAGAUAUAUACUACAAAAAAUACAAUUUAUUGUUAGAAGAGUGUUCCAAUUUACAGAGAGCAAACGAGAUACUAGUAUUUAGAAUACAAGAAGUGAAUAGAAUCACCAAAAGACGUUUAAAAGACAUAAAAUUCUUCAAACAAAAACUUCUAACCAACCACGAAGAAGAUUGGACGGUCAUCCCGAAUCAAGACGCCAUUUCCAACAUCGAAGAAGACAAGAAACCUUUAACCAACCUCUUUCCCGCUAAAAUUAAGGAAGAAAAACUCGAAGAAGGCGAGGAGCGAGUCGUGGAGAAAAAACCUUCGAGGAGACCUUCGAAAAGGAAAUCGACCAAGACCGAGAAGGACCCGAACGCGCCGAAGAGACCUUCGAAUCCCUUCUUUCAAUUCUGCCAAGAACAAAGACAGUUGCUGAUGGAGCAAAUAGUAUCGGAAUUGAAACCGGGAGAAGUGGUUCCGAGUAAACAGGAACUAACCAGGCAAUUGGCCAUCAAAUGGAGAACUCUAUCGGUACCCGAUCGCAAAGUAUACAUCGAUCGAUACGAAAGAUCUAAAGAAAAAUACGUCGCCGAAAUGGAGGAGUACAACAUGAAAAAAUGAUGUUUUUAGCUUUAUUUUAAUUGUAAAUAUGUAUGAAAUGUAUAAAGUA